ACAGGUUUUUGCCCCUAAACCCCUGAGUCCCUGAGUCUCCUUGCCCAAAUUUCUCCCUAAAUCCUCUAUUCCCCAAUCUCAGUUCGCCUUAAACAAAGCAGCCAAAAUAGAGAGAGGGACAAAGGGAUACAUGUUUCAAUCCAAGCAAAACGCAUCUCAAUCUUCGAAAAAGGAGCCAUGGCUGGCUACAAGUUUGAAGCCAGAGAAUUUUGUACCAGGACUCCUCAUUGGAUUCCUUUUGGGUCUUUUCUUGGAUUUGUCUUCAGCUCGUCGAAGUGGGUUUAAAGGGAAAUCUUCUCCUAUUGCAGGCAAGCAGCGAUCCCUUGCUUCUGAUAAUGGCGGCGAAGAGCUGAAGAUGGUUUUGGUUGUUAGACAAGACCUCAGGAUGGGAGCUGGAAAAAUUGCAUCUCAAUGUGCCCAUGCAGCCACUGGCAUGUACGCGGAGCUACUACAAAGCCAUCGGUUUCUUUUGAGACGAUGGGAACAAUGUGGUCAGGCCAAAAUAGUAUUGACAUGCAAGAAUCAACAAGAAAUGAAUAAGCUAAAGGAAGCAGCUGACCGAUGUGGCCUUCCGACUUUUAUUGUUGCUGAUGCGGGACGAACAGAGGUUAAAGCUGGGUCAAGGACAGUACUCGCCAUUGGUCCAGGGAAAAAGGCUGACAUUGAUUCAGUUACUGGGAAAUUGCGACUUAUGUAAACUUGGUGAGGGCUCCACAGAUUCUCAGGUCUUAUAGUCCGGUAUCCUCUUUUCUCAAGUUAGUUGCCAGCAUUUGUACUUCAGUCACAUUUGUGUAAAAGCAUGCGGAGAGAAUAUCAUUAGUUAACUUGUGCGUCCAGGAUCAACUUUGAGAUGGAAAAACUCACUCCCCGAGACCAUCCAAACUUUCACGAGAGCUCAAGAGCCAGUUUCCAUGACCCGUCAAGAUUUCAAAACAUGGAAGCCAUAUAGCUCUCUUUGUUGAACAAUGCUAGAGCAAUCAUCGUCGGUUUUGAUAGUUCAGCAAAGGUUGUUGCAAUGCUGAGGUGUGUAUCUGGGCUAAAGUGAGAAGAUGGAUUGUUCAACUUAGAAUGUUAAGAUGUUAUAAGACGUAUAUUGUACUUAAUGAUUGAUAUUUAGGCAGUUCACUUGUUUCGAUUUCAUUUUGUC